AUGGCUAGCAAGCAAUCGCCGAUCCAAUAUGGGGUCAUAUGGCUGAUCCAACAUGGGUCAUCCAACAUGGGUCAUCCAACAUGGGUCAUCCAACAUGGGUCUAAGAAUGCCCCAUAUAGUUAUGAGUUGGAUGAUGAAGCAGCACAGGUUACCUCACCCGGAUUCUGUCCUUAUAUGUCAGGUGUCAAGGCACCUUCUGUGGCUGCCAUGACCUGGCAGUGCCAUCUGAGUGCUGGGUUGUUGUGCUUGCCUGGUAGUCGCCACGAGGCGCGUAUCGCAAUCGCGACACGCGGGACAAGGCGCGCAUCAGAAGACGCCGACCGCCGGAGGAAUCCACCCCGACCACAGACAAUGGUUCUUUAUGCACUUGGCCUUUGUACCGAAGCCGGAAGGCAUAUGGUGUAUAUAUUUCCUGGAGUCGAAUUGACUAGCAAUUUGGCCGUACCUCACUCCUCUCAGCUCUUCAGUGUCUUUAAGCUGAAGCCUUUUUGCAACUUGAGGAUACUCUCCAGGCGUCGUGCGGUCAUCUGGACGCAAGAAGUCGCCAUCCCGGUAAUGAUAGGGAUUGAGGAGGACCUUGAUCAGCUCAUUGAACUGAGCCAUGGAAUCUCCGUCAAGCGCAUCGAGAAUGACGGCACCUUCGACAGUCUGCUCAACCCCGUUCCUGGGGGUCUCUAUGACCCAGCUCUUGGAUCAUGGGGUGACUCGCCGUGCACGACGUGCCACUUGAACCAAGCAACUUGUCCGGGACAUCCAGGACACAUCCAGCUCCCUGUUCCUGUCUACCACCCCGUCUUCAUGGAUCAAGCACAUCACCUGCUCCGAGCGACAUGCGUAUAUUGCAAAGGCUUCCGAAUGUCUGCCAAAGAUCUGCACAUGUACACGUGCCAACUUCGCCUACUCCACCACGGUCUUGUUCAUGAAGCGCGUACCGUCGGUGCCAUCGGAGACCUGGACCGGGCCGACGAAUUCAAGUCCCCUGGUCUGGGGGACAGUGAGGCGGAAGAAGAGGGCAACGUCUCAAUCGACAACAUCAUCCGGAAGAGAGAAGAGUGUUUGCAGAACUGCCUUCGGGGCAAGACCUCCAAGAGGGGAGACGCCAAAAGGGAGAAGCAUGAAGGCGGAGGCCAAAUGCGCCGGGAGGUCAUCAAGGAGUUUCUUUCCGCCAUCGCCAAAGGCAGACUAUGUGCUGGCUGCGGAGGCAUCUCGCCAGCGUAUCGCAAAGACGGAUCCGUCAAAAUCUUCGACAAGUCGUUAUCUCCCAAGGAAAAGGCGAAAAUGGCGCAGAGGGGUCUUGAGAGGAAGGAUGCAACAACACGAGUUCAUCAGGCCAAACCGACGCGGAAAUCCGAAGCCACCUUGUCAGACGGCCCCGAGGCAGCUGCCGAAUCCUUGAGGGGCCAAGGCGAGGAUACUCAAGUCGAUGCGGUGGGGUCUGAUCAAGAUGUCGAACAAUCGACCGCGGAUACGGUUGGCCCCGCGACCUUCCAGAGGUAUCUCACGCCUAUGGAAGUGCGAGCCCGCUUGGUCGAGCUUUUCAACAAGGAGCGGGAUCUUGUGUCACUCUUGUACGAUGCGAAACCGCGAACACGAAGCUCGCCAAACGCCACUCCGGACAUGUUCUUCAUGACAAGCGUUCUAGUGCCACCGAACCGCCAUCGACCCGAGGCUCGUACCGGAGAGUCACAGAUCUCAGAAGCACCGCAAAACUCACUCUACAAGUCAAUUUUACGGGGGUGCAUGAAAGUAGCUGAAGUACAUGCUGCUUUGAGCGAGAAGAGAGGAGGAGACGUCAUGCAGUUGCAUCAAGCGUGGAUUGUGCUCCAAGAGGGAGUGAACGCAUUGGUCGAUAAGGACAAGAACCCUAUGCAGGGAGCGGCUGCUGUACGCAACGAGGACGGCAUCAAAUAA